AGCAGCAGUACCAGGAGGAGGAGAGUGAGUAAGGGUCUGUAGUGAUUUAACUGCAGAUAAAAUAAUAAAGUACAGCUUUUCUCAUUUAAAUACGGCAGAUGUAAAAGCUGAGUACAUUUCUGCAGAGGUGGAUGGAGAUGGAGGGCAGUGAAGGGCUGAUUUUAACAGAGAAGUUUGGCUCACAGGAGACAUGGCAGUACAGAGUAAAGAAUGGAGAGAUGAAGAGAGAGCGAGUGGGGAAGGAUGGAGAGAGUCCAGGACGUUCUAUCAAAACAGCUUUCAAAAGUGUUUUCCUGCCUCAGGGUUAUCCUGAGAGUGUGAGUGAGGAUUACCUACAGUAUCAGUUUUGGGAUACACUACAGGCGUUCUCCAGCUCCCUCUCUGGCACUCUGGCUACUCAGGCCUCACUGAGGGGUGUUGGAGUCGGAAAUCAAGAAGCAACGGUUGCUGCAGCUACAAUCACCUGGUUACUCAGAGAUGGCACUGGGAUGUUGGGUCGAAUUCUUUUUGCCUGGCUUAAAGGGAGCAAGUUGGAUUCUGAAGCCAAAAAGUGGAGGCUUUUUGCUGACAUUCUGAAUGACUUGGCGAUGUUUAUGGAGAUUGCGGCGCCUCAUUUUCCUCCCUUCUUUACACUUAUUGUGUGCAUUGCUGGAAUAUUCAAGUCUAUUGUAGGAGUGGCUGGAGGAGCUACGAGGGCUGCUUUAACUGUUCAUCAAGCUCGUAGAAACAACAUGGCUGACAUUUCUGCCAAGGAUGGGAGUCAGGAGACUCUGGUGAAUCUGGCCGGACUGCUGGUCAGCCUGCUGCUCAUUCAACUGGUCACUGACAACCCCAUGUUGACCUUCAUCCUCUUCUUCCUCUUCACUGCUCUCCACCUGUUUGCCAACUACAAGGCUGUGAGGUCUGUUAUAAUGGAGACGCUGAAUGAAGCCCGUCUGUCAAUCGUUCUUCAGCAGUACCUACUUGACGGGCAGAUUCUGAGUCCUUCAGAAGCCAAUCAGAGAGAGCCUGUGUUUCUGGAGUUUAAAAGGAAAGUACCAAUCAAGCUGGGAGCUCGUCUGGGAGACUUUAUUAAAGAUCCUGCGGAGCUGCAGCUGGCUUUGAAGAACAACACCAAAUCUUACCUCAUCGGCGUUCAGAACAGAAGAGUGUGUGUCUGUCUGGGAGCAGAUGCAUCGGUUCGUGACGAGAUCAUGGCAGCCUGUCAGGCUGUGUGUAUCAGUGCAGUGUUACACACACCCCGACAGGACGGUGUACUGAAACAGCUGUGUAAGACCAGAGACUCGCAGGAAUUGGUGUCAGAAAGUCAGAAGCUGAUUGAUCAGAUUUUCCAGCCAUUCCUUACAGGUCUAGAACAAGCAAAGUGGCAAACAGACCGGACGCUGCUGGACUGGGAUGAAUGGAGAGUGGAAUGGAGGAAGAAGAGCAGCUAAAGGCAGAGUGAAACAGAGAUGGCACGCUAACGUGGAACUGGACAUUCCAUCCUUUCAUGUGUUUCAGCAGUGGAUGACCCAGAAACAGAAAACGGCACAACAGCUUUGUGUUUUUA